AUGCAAACGCCAGGAUCCAUGCUAGUUACACGAGACACGUCCGCCAGCUCGCCCGCUGGUGGCCCUUCGCCUGCCUCAUCCGUAUCACAGAACCAUGGUGGAGUAGCAGUGAACGGCUUGAUUUCACCAACGACAACUGUUGAGAGCCCGGAACCGAACCAGAUCAUCACCACGGACUCCACGCCAGCUCAAAAUUCUACGGAAGACACUGCCAGCAAUCAAGAGGGUCAACGGAUUGUUCGCAAGCGUAAGCGCAACUGCCUUAGCUGUCUCCGCUGUCAUCGUCUCAAGGUCAAAUGCGAUAAGGAGCUUCCCUGUGGACGAUGCAAGUCUAGCGGCAAUGGACGAGAGUGCUACUACAGUUAUAACAAAGGACCGAAUGGCGGCAAAUUUCCUUGCCCUACUGCCCCUGCGGGGGGGCCAAUAGACCCGGACAGCAAGAAGCCCCAGUUGGCGCCAUGGCAGAUAACUCACAAAGUCCGAGGAUCGAGCCAUUGGCGAGAAUUGAUGGCUAGGAUCGGAUCACUCACCCCAAUAUCACAGUCUCCCCUUGCUAAAAUUCUGGAGGGUGUAGCUACAAAUGCCUGUUUAGCAAAUUUCUCUUUGCCAGGAAAUUUCCCAUUUGGAACUCCCGGCGCCACAAAAUAUUAUGCUCGUGAUACUAUCACCAGACUCAUAUCUGGCGAAAAGGAUAAUGUUGAGGAAUACCUAGGCCGAUAUGUGGAUAUGCUGGAUGUUGUCAAUCCCGUCUUGGACUUGUCAACGUUUCAAGAGGAAGUCCACCGUUACUGGCAAGAUCCAAAUGCUGUCGGAUUAUGCUGGCUAGCGCAAUUCCUCAUGGUCCUGGGCCUCGGCUGCUUCACAUCCGGAACCGAUCCUCCCAUUGCCAUAGAGUUUAUGAUGGCCGCCGAGGCAUGCAUCAUGCAAACGCCAUUCAUGUUCCGCCCCACGAUCAGUACGAUUAGGGCAUUUACGCUCAUGGUUGUAGCCAAGCAGAUUUGCAACGCAACAUGUUGGGCCAUGGAUUCGUCCUACACGCUCAUGGGCCAUUUGGUUCGCCUUGCCUUCAUUCUUGGUCUACCGCAAGAACGUAACGACAACGACGAAGAACUACGGGACCCAGUGGAAAAGGAGAUACGGCGGAAGCUGUGGCUGACAAUUCUGUACCUUGACAUCAAAGUGUCCAUGUGCACGGGAAUGCCUCCAUUGACCCGGCCGGAAGAGUUGGGCGGUCUCAAAAAUAUGCCACAUUGGCGUGCCCCGGACAGCCUUCAGAUGGUCCUCUAUCAGGGUCUUCCCGUUGUACUCAAUAUCCUUGCGCAGAUGAAUUCGAAACGAGACCCCAUAUCCUACCCCGAUGUUCUGCGGUACAAUGCCCAGCUCCGAGAGCUGAUGGGACACGCCAAUCGCGUUUGCCAAGCGCCUCUACAGCGCAUUACUAUCGACAUAUUCCUCAGGCGGUGCCUCAUGGUCAUGCAUCGACCAUUUGCUCUUCACGCGGAUGGACCUACCAUGUUUCCGGAAUCGUACUGGUCAUCCUUGGAGUGCUCACUCGCCUUGUUGUUUCACUACCGCGAGCUGUGGGACCCAGAAACUCCUCAACCACUUGAUUUGGUCGGACGGCCAUUUGUACUUGAUAUCUUCUCGGCAACCUUGACCACUUGUGUACACAUGCUACGCCAAGAUGCUCCACUAAGCGAGGCGGCUGCUACUGGAUGUCUUAUACCUCCUCGACAGCUCAUCCUCGAGACCCUUGUUAGCUGCGUUGACAUUUGGGCUGGGGAGCAGGAAAAGAGCGUGUGUUGGCGGACGGGAUACCACAUCUUGAAAGCUCUCAUGGUGAUACUAGAUGCUCCCGGAGCAAGGGCCGAGUCCCCAGAGGCUGGACAAACUCAAUGA